UGGGCUUUUCAUUUUGUUGGCAGUUUUAAUGACAUUGAGUACCUGUUAUGAUUGCCUUUUUUCAUACAAAGGAAAGCUACCGAACAAGUUACUGAUAUCAUUUUCCAUACCAAAAAAUUUGCGACAAUUAUUGAAAAUCCAACAAGGCCACAUACCUUGCCUACAUGGCAUACGUUGCCUAUCGCUGUUUUGGAUUAUAUUUUUACACUGUUAUUUAUACCUUAUAUUGUCACCAAAUAUCAAUUCAAACGACAUACAAAGUUGGGAGCAAACCUUAUUUUCGAUGAUUGAACAAAGUGGCUCAAUUGCCGUGGAUACAUUUUUCUUUCUCAGUGGAUUGCUAGUAAUUAUGGUGGCUUUUAGGGAGAUGGCGAAAAACACUGGUAAGCUUAAUGUGCCAAUGAUGUACAUUCAUCGUUAUUUGCGGCUAACACCGGUUCUAGCAGUGGCCAUUUUGUUUUACAUGUCAUUAUUUAAUUAUAUUGGCAAUGGACCCAUUUGGAAGAGCUUUACGGUUGCCAACAAAAUUUGUGAUAAAACAUGGUGGGAAACAUUAUUUUAUGUGCAAAAUUAUGCAGCUGCUGGCGAAAUGUGCCUUGGUCAUGCCUGGUAUUUGGCAGUGGAUAUGCAAUUAUUUUUCUUAUCGCCCAUAUUUUUGAUUGUAAUCUGGAAAUGGAGCAAAUUUGGCAUAGCUGCAACUAUAACUUUCGGCUUACUGCUGGUUGCUUGUCUAUUUACAAUUGUUAUGAUAAAUCAAUACACAAUUUACGACAUUGCACGAAACUAUGGUGCUGCGAGUGAGGCAAUGCCAAAAAUUUACUAUUCAACACACACCAGAUGCUCGGCGUGGAUAGUGGGACUAAUUUUUGGUUACUACUUGCAUCGCAACAAUGGAAAUGUUGCUAAAUUACCAAACUGGUCAGUCGCCGUUAGUUGGCUGAUAUCGCUCAUCACAGUUUUCACAAUCGUAUUCGCUUGGUAUCCGAGAACAUUGCUCAGCACAAGUGGACCCACUGUACUAGAAAGUGCUUUCUAUUUGGCUGUGGGACGUGUGGCAUGGCCUUUGGCUUUAUGUUGGAUGGUAUACGCUUGUAUAAAUGGCUAUGGCGGACCAAUUAACGUCUUUCUGUCGUGGUCGCUCUGGCAACCGAUUUCAAAACUUUCGUACAGCAUGUACAUUUGGCAUUUGAUUGUGAUUACAAUUAAUGCAUCGCGCAUCAAGACCAAUACAUACUUUUCGGAUUAUGAUGUGAUAUUGAGCUUUUGGAGUAAUUUUAGUAUUACACUAUUGGUAUCCAUUUGCGUGUAUUUGGCUGUUGAAGCGCCAAUUGUUGAUAUUGAAAGUUACCUGUUGCCACGUAAAACGGCAAUGGUCAGCAGGCAACAAACAACGCCGGCUCCAGCAGCAACAAUAUCACAACAAAAUUUAUGUGAUUAAUAUCAGCUAUACAAAGAGAAUGAACUCUGUGGUAUUUUGUAAAUGUAGGUACAUUUUUGUAAUAUGUAGGUUUAAUGUGUGUUAAAUUUAUGUAUGUAUCUCCAUACAUACACACAUAUAUACGAACAUAUGCAUGGGCGAUAAAUUUAUUGCUUUUUAAAUGCAUUCUGGUAAUAAAAAAUUAAGUUAUUUUCUCAAAACAAAGACCAUAUCAAAGGC